CCUUUCCUGAACUAAUCCAACAUGGCUGCGCUGGUGGGGAUCCGCGCGUGUCUCUCCGCGCUCCAGCUCUCCUCCCCGAGUCUCCUGCACAGCUCCUACAAACUCUGUGCUGUUCCUCUCAGUCGGAGGAAUUUUGCCGCCGAGGCAAAGAAGGUGUUCUCUCGUGAUAAACCUCACGUGAACAUCGGUACCAUCGGUCACGUGGACCAUGGGAAGACCACGCUCACCGCCGCGAUCACUAAAGUGCUGGCUGAGGCUGGUGGAGCACGCUAUAAGAAAUACGAGGACAUUGAUAACGCUCCUGAGGAGAAAGCCAGAGGAAUCACCAUCAACGCCUCACAUGUGGAGUACACAACUGCUAACAGGCACUACGCUCACACUGACUGUCCCGGUCACGCUGACUACGUCAAGAACAUGAUCACGGGCACGGCUCAGCUGGACGGCUGUAUCCUGGUGGUGGCAGCGACAGACGGUCAGAUGCCACAGACGCGUGAGCACCUGCUGUUGGCUCGUCAGAUCGGCGUGCAGCACGUGGUGGUGUACGUGAACAAAGCAGAUGCCGUGGACGACCCUGAGCUCCUGCAGCUCGUCGAGCUCGAGAUCCGAGAGCUGCUCAGCGAGUUCGGCUACGACGGAGACAACACGCCUGUUAUCUGUGGCUCCGCCCUCUGUGCUCUCGAGAACCGGCAGCCUGAGAUUGGAGUGAACUCCAUCAUGAAGCUGUUGGAGGUGGUGGAUGAGUACAUCCCUCUGCCCAAGCGAGAUCUGGACAAACCCUUCCUACUGCCCAUCGAGGGAGUCUACUCCAUACCAGGCCGCGGUACGGUGGUGACGGGCACUCUGGAGAGAGGAGUGAUCAAAAAAGGAGACGAGUGCGAGUUUGUGGGACACAACCGCUCUGCUAAGUCAGUGGUCACAGGUAUCGAGAUGUUCCAUCAGUCUCUGGAUCGUGCUGAGGCGGGGGAUAACCUGGGUGCACUGGUGCGUGGUAUGAAGAGAGAGGACAUGAGGCGAGGCGUAGUGAUGUGUAAACCCAACUCUGUCCAGCCUCAUCAGAAAGUCAAAGCUCAGGUGUACAUUCUGAGUAAAGAGGAAGGUGGCAGACACAAGCCUUUCGUCACCAACUUCAUGCCUGUCAUGUUCUCUCUCACCUGGGACAUGGCCUGCAGGGUCCAGCUCCCUGAGGGCAAGGAGAUGGUGAUGCCGGGUGAAGACACAUCCCUCAGUCUGACCCUCAGGCAGCCCAUGGUGCUGGAGAAAGGUCAAAGGUUCACGCUGAGGGACGGGAACAGGACCAUCGGCACGGGGCUCGUCACCGACAUCCUGCCCACUACAGCUGAGGACCAGUACAACUGGGGCUGAGCCUGAAAAAGCAGGGGGACAGAGGACAGGGGGCGGGGUUAUUCAAGAUGGGGGCGGGGCAGGAAGUCAUCCAACCUUUUGACACCACACACACACACACAUACUUUUAGAUUAGUAUAAACGUCCAGAGUUUACUGUUUCCUGCUCUCUCACACUCGUGUUCCAGUCCUACACCAUUGUCCACUUCCACUAAUCACUGAAGUGUAUAGGGUGCAGUAAGUGAGCAGGAUUGACGAGUAUUAAAUACGAUCAGCUGAUUCAGGUAACUAGCUAUCGGGCUUUAGGGUCGUUAAUUGCACCUAGAAUGCUGAUUAGGAAUUGAGCUAACUAGCAUGCUAGCAGAGCGGCGGUCAUCCAGAAGAAAUAUUGAGUUGUCUAUUUUGCCCUCCAUGCUAUUAUUCUAACUAGCUUGCAGAAUAUUUUCAUCCUGGUAUCUGUUUUGCUAAUUAUAGUACCUGCGCAUCUUGCUAGUAUGCCUUUUUUGCUAAUUAGCUAGUUUUCUGACAUGCUAGUCAUCCUGGAGAAACAUUGAGGUGGUUAUUGCAGCCAGUACGAUUAUUCACUGUUGUGUAUCCUUCUUCCAAGUGAGCGUAUACGCUGUUGUCUCCUCUAAUGCUAAUUUAACGGAGUAUGUUUAUGCUAACGCUGUAAUGGAACAGCAUGUGUGUGGUGAGUGUGAGAGAACAGGAAACACAGUAAACUGACCCCGAACCUUCAGAUUUGUUUGACGUAAUCAUUCUGUUCUGAAUUAAACAUGAAGGCACCUUAUUUUCAGGGUAAGAGGAUGGAGGUUGAGAUCCUGCAUCAUGACACACACACUGUGUUUCUUUUCCACACUCUGCUUUUUGCUUAUGAAAUGUCUCAAUGAUGAUGAAUAUGUGGCUGAUGUAAUAAAUGUAUUUAAUACAA